AGUCGCAUGAUGGAUGCAGUAAGCGGCCAUUGUGCGUAAUGUUGUGGGGAAAAGACUAUUUGUAAACAACAAUAUGGGGUUAUCGGAGGAGGCUGACGAAAAUGUGGAAGAAAAAUUUGAAGAACUAUGUUUGGACCUUAACAUGGACAAAAAAUCAAAAGACGAAGCUUGGAAAAACUACCAGAAAAUAAAGAAAAACUAUUCAUUAGACGGUGACCAAAUUCACUGGCUGGCAUGUGCCCUGUAUGAAGCCUGUAGGCAGGCCAAAGUAGCCACAGUAGGUCGCGGAACUGUUGAAGGCAAUUGUGUGUCAUUGACAAGGCUACUGCGAUCUUCAAAGUUUAGUUUGAUACAGUUCUUCAACAAGAUGAAGAAAUGGGUGGAUAUGGCAAGUCUUCCGCAAGAAUUCAGAGAAAAAGUGGACAGGCUGGAGAGAAAUUUUGCUGUUUCGACUGUGAUAUUUAAAAAAUUUGAACCCAUAUUCUUAGAAAUUUUCAAAAGUCCAGUAGACGAUCCUCCCAGGCAACCAAGGAGUAGAAAGCAGCGAAAGUUGCCAUGCUCCUUGAAAGAUGUCUUUAAUUUUUGCUGGACCAUGUUUGUUCAAGUAAAAGGCAAUUUUCCUGCCAUCAGUGAUGACCUGGUGAAUUCCUACCACCUACUUCUGUGCAAUAUAGACUGGUUUUACACGAACGCACUCCUUGGUGGCAGGAAAGACCUGCUGAACCCAGACUUUUCAGGGUUACCAACAGGCUUUAGUUCCAAGGAUUGGAAGGCACCAGUAGAACCACCUUGUAUUAUAAAGCAUUUAUGUGAUAAACAUGAGGGGCUUGAAAUAGAAGCAAAAGUCAUCAAGGAACACUGGUGGAAACCACAUCUGAAGAAGUUGUUUGAUAAAAAGGUGUUGAAAGGCAAAAUAGACACAUAUUCAUCAGUGCUUGAUGUCGGCCAUUUUGACGCUAAUAAUGAGGCUAUAAAUGAGGCAUAUGAAGAAUAUCCCCUAAAACACAGCAGGAAAGCUGUGAAUAAUUCUUACGAGGAAUAUGUCCUGACUGUUGGUGAUUUCGAUGAGCGGAUAUUUCUGGACGAUGAUGCAGAGGAAGAGAUCGGCACGCCGGCAAAGUCACGAGAUGAUUUGACAGGGGAGUUAAAUGAGAGGAUGCAACAGCGAUCAUCGCUACAACAACAUGUGAGUCAGACGCGCUCGCUGGCCCCGUCUACGCCACUCACGGGGAGACGGUACCUGAAGGAGAAGGAUGUUACCAUCACGCCUGUUUCCAUGGCUACCCAGAGCGUGGGUCGACUGCAGCACCUGCUGACUGGAAGGAAGGUCGGGCCUAGUGAUGAACUCAAGGACCAGUUACAGGAGAGUGGAGGUGCCAGCUUGGUGGAAACCAUAGCAACACGGGUCAAGGAAAUGGGCGAGAUAUUCUGCAACCACUAUGUCCAGCCCACUGAGAACUAUCCUGGCAGCCAGCUUGACUUUGCCAAGCGCAGGCUGCACCUUGGAGAGAGCCUGUAUUACAAGACACUGGAGGACAUUGCUAAGUCGGAGAAAAGACUCAGGGGAAAUAUCUUGGGCCUUCUUGAGCAUGACCUUUUCCACCGAUCUCUGUUUGCCUGUUGCUUGGAAAUCGUCAUCUUCUCCUACAACUCACAAAGGAUGUUUCCAUGGAUUGUAGAGAUAUUUGAUCUCAGCCCCUAUGAUUUCUACAAGGUCGUGGAGCUCAUUGUGAGAGCGGAGGAAGGCCUUCCCAGGGAUGUCGUCAAGCACCUGAAUCACAUUGAGGAGAGCAUCCUGGAGUGUCAGGCGUGGCAGAGUGACUCGCCCCUGUGGGGUGCCAUCAAGGCCCAGACGCCCGACAGGGUUCCCCUCUCUAUGGAGGUGGCCCUUCCCUCGACAGGUGAUCAGGCCAACAAGAGCCUGCGCCGGAUAGUCCUUGACCGGUCCACACAUAAAGAUCCGUUGAUGUCCCCGACAGGCCCGUCGGCUGCAGACAGGUUCAGUUCCCCGUCCCCGGGAUCCGCCAAGCGACGCCUGUUCUCCACUGGCACAGGUUCAGGCACAGGUGCAAGCCUUGCUGAUGCUGUGAAUUCUGGAUUUGCGGACACGGUGAUCUACAGUAAGGCCGGUCAGAAGUUGAAGUCGUUCUCCAUCACCACCCAGAAACAGACCCACCAUGUGCUUUCUUUCCAGCAGGUCAUCACCCAUGAUGGCAAACAGGUUCUCAUACCCCAGGUGAUUACGUCCAACAUGGCUUCAUCUGACGCGGGCUCCAGCGGUGCUGGGACAGGAAGUGAGACCUCGAACACUGUGGUCCACACACCGGGACACCCCUCGCUGCAGAAUGGGGCUUCCCAGGCUGGGAACCCCCUGGAGGGGACAGCCGAGAAACAGCAGGACCAGAAAGGGAACCCUGCCAAUAAGCCCAUGAGAGGAGGAUCACUGGCGAUCUUCUUUAGAAAGGUGUACCAUCUUGCACACGUUCGACUGCGUGACCUAUGUGAGAGACUGGGCAUUGAGGAUGAUGAUCUUCACAAGAAGAUGUGGACGUGCCUGGAGUACGUGAUAGUCCACAACACGGAGCUCCUGCGAGACCGACACCUCGACCAGAUCAUCAUGUGUGCUGUCUACAUCAUUGCCAAGGUGACCAGCAAAUCUCAGUCCUUCCAAGACAUCAUGAAGUGUUACCGGAUGCAGCCCCAGGCCCAGAGCCACGUGUACCGGAGCGUCCUACUGACCGCGCGGGCUAGACAUGCGUCCGGUAGCAGUGAUGGCAGCAGGGAGGUCAGCGGGUCAUCGUCACCUGUCAACGGGGAAAAGGACGAGGGCAAAGACAAGAAGACAAUGCCGAUGCGUUCCUCAAGCACCCUGCCGGUGCCCCAUCCCAACAGUCAUCCUCCCACCCCCACACGACUUGUGGGCACAGAGUCCACCUUCGAGUUUGGGGAGGAGAGGGGAGAUCUCAUUCAGUUCUAUAAUCAGGUUUUUGUUGGGCAAAUCCGUAAAUAUGCUACACGCUUCUCAACCACAAAUCCAAAUGGGGAUAUUCCGCCCCUGUCUCCGCUGCCCCCCACUCGAUGCCACACAUCGUCUCCACGUAGGGUCUCUGAGCGACAUUCUCUCUACAUCUCCCCACACAACUUCCCCCAGACGAGAUACAUCCCUGAUCAGAAAAUGCUCUACUGCUUUGACAAGAGCCCCGCAAAGAAUCUGCAAGCAAUCAACAACAUGAUUCGUCUCAAGAGUGAGGGAACACUGGGGUUCAAACGUUCGCUGCAGAUGACUGAGGAGGAUGACGCGGGCGGGGUGUCGUCUCCCAAGCGUCCCAGUCUCAUGAAACGAUUGCAGGAUGUGUCCACCGACCGCCAGGGGCAGGUCUCCAAGGUUCUGGUCGUUAAGUAGGACUCGUAGAAUGUGGCAGUCGUAAAACAGGAAGAAUGAGUCAAGUUCUGGGAACAUGGGGCUUAAUGCAUGUGCAUAAAGUGUCGUCCCAGAUUAGCCUGUGCAGUUUGAACAGGCUAAUUGAGGAUGACAAUUUCCACUCUUAUGAUAAGAAGUCUCUAAAAAUCCAGUCUUGGCAGAUAGUGAUGGACAAAGCAUCAAUCAAUUAGUACUUGAAUAGAUAAAAGACAUUUUUGUUAUUUUGCACUUCAGGUAUUCAACUUUUCAUCUAAGGUAAUGUUUAUUAGACCAUUGUUUUUUGAAUCAAUAUUGUAAACCUGUUGUUUUUAAUGAGGAUGUUCAUUUGUCAUUCACUGUAAACAAGUUCAUCAAUCAGUCAUCUAGCAAUUAGCAUGUAAGUUUUAAGCACAUUUAAAAUUCGUGUGCACGGAAGUUUAAAAAUUAUUUAAGCCCACCUGAGCAUUCUAUGCUCAUGUUGAGCUACUGUGAUCACCCUAUGUCUAGCAUCUGUCAUAGAAUCAACAUCUUCAACCCUGUACCACUUAGAUACGUAUUUUUACGCAUGUGUAGUACCUAAGAAAAUUGAAUUAAAGACCUUUCUUAGAAUAUUCAAGUUUUAAGGUUUCAUUUCCAACCCUUAGAUACUGAGGAGCAGCAAACAGCAUAAAUCCUGAACAGACUGUGAGUUUCUUGCAGGCUGUUCUGGUUUUAUGCUGUUUGCACAUUUUCACUUUGCUACUAAUGGGGGAAAGGGUUCCGCUAAAUGCCAUUCAAGCGUCUCCAUGCUUGAUUUAAUAUUCAUGAAUCUAGUUCAGAUUGUUUAUCUUGACAAUAUCUAGACAGAGUUUGAAUGAGGGUCACAUGAGUUCAGUUAGAAAAUAGGUUACCAGGCCCAAUCUUAGAAAAACCUUGUUGAUAGGAAAGAGGCCUUAUAUUUUACUUAAUGUUGAUGAAACUUCAUAAGAAUGUUUAUCUUUAUAAAUAUGUAGACCGAUUCAGAAUCUAGGUCAUGUGUGUCAAAGAUAAAGGUCACCAGGUCAAAUCUUAGAAAAACCUUGUCACCACUCCAGAAGCCGCAUAUAUGACUUUCCCUUGAUGCAACUUGAUCAGAAUCAUAAUCCUGACAAUAUAUUAAGUUUGAAUCUGCCUCAUGUCAGAUAUCUAUGUCAACAGGUCAAAUCUAAGAAAUUUAGAUUACCAGACAAGAAGCUUCAUUUAUGACUCUUUUGAAAAUGUGUCAGAAUGUCUAGUAGGACAGUAUAGCAUAGGUGGUUCUUGAUCGUCAAGUGGGAUGUAAAAUCAUCAUUUGGUCAAGUCUGAGACAAGUGGUGUACCUUGAACUCGGGGUGAAUGCGUCAGGGCCAUCAUGGCCUUUUUAUUUUGUUACUGUUUUGUAUAAUUUAGUACAAAAUGUAUAAUUGUUUAUAUGGUUAUUUCAAAUGGCCUGGUGCCAGGAUUUUUGUAUAUUUUGCAACCUUUGAGCAUGUGUUAAAACUCUUUAGAAGCUAUGAUUCAAAUGACCUUUGUUAAUAGAUUGUGUUUAAAAUCAGUUGGUUCAAAUGCAAGUGCAAAAUUGAUGCUCAGAAUUGGAAAUCUGAAAAGUUUUUACACCAUUUAAAACUAAUAUAUAUGCAUCAAUUCUCAUGAGUCUAAUUGUAAGUUUAUUUGAGUGAACAGUUUUACAUCCAACCCUUAUUAUAACAAAGGCUGUUGUGCGUUCACUGCUUUAUUAUGCUAUCAAAUGCAUUCUAUUAUAUUGCACACUGUAUUUCACUUCUAUAAUUUCAUACCAUCAUAUUUUAGCCCAGCAUAAAAACAGCUGCUAUUUGUUUGAUGAUGUUGUUAAUUAUACAAUUUACAAUGAAAAAUAUCUAAUAGGCAUAGCUUUAAUAGUUAUAUGAAAAUUGAAUUUCAGACUAUUGGGAAAAGUAAUUGUUAGAUAAUUAUUUGCGAGUAUUUUGUCUUUCGUGAUGAGGGAAAUUUAUUUAAAAGAUUAUGUUUUUGAAAAUAUAACCUGAUUUUAAACUUGACUGCACAGAAUUUAUAUUGUGUGUUGUAUAUAAAAUAUUGGAAGUGUUAGGUAUUGCCAUGGCAACAGAUAGGUCUUGUUACUACUACCACACAUUAGAAAAGACCUACAAAAUAAUACUAUUAGUUCCGGUUUGAUUUACAGUUAAUAACAAGAGUAACGUUAUUUAUAAAUAAAUUUGCUGCUCUGUUGCUCUCAUGAUUGUAUUUGUAAAUAAGAGAUGCGUUUUAUAAGUGAAUAUUUUAGAUCUAUGUUAAGAUGUAAAUGAUCAGCAAAUUUUUAUUACCUUUUGUACAUUUACUUUAUGAUCCUUAAUUUUAUCAUGUUUUGUACAUAUUCAUAUAUAUGGACCUGUUAUCAUGUGUAAGUCAAAGUAGGGUACAAAAGAUGGAAUGAAUUAAGAGCCGCUUCAUGGGACAUGGGUCUUGUGUCUAAUACUGCCAGCGUUGCUCCAGCUCAGCCUGCGCUUUUGCCCAGUCUGGUCAGGAUCUACCCUUUGAGUUCUAGUCAGGCAUGGUUUCCUGGUCUCAUUAGCUGAUUUGGAGCUAUGCUGGCCGCAUUUUGCCUUGGACCAAUUUUCUCAUGAUUGGGCUCAUAACAGGCUCGUAAUUUUAUAUUGUAUGUCAAUGUAUUUGAAAUCAAAUAUUGAAAGAUGGAAUAACAUUCAAUAAAAUUAUUUCAUGUA